GCGUCUCCAAACAGAGACCCCAUAGAUGCCUUACGGACUUUCAAAUCAGAAGGUCCGCGGACCGCGUACACGAGGUGACCGGAUGACCCGCGGCCACGACCUUAGCGAGGACCGCAGACAAAGGACGAAGUCGCCAGCCUGGGAAAACUCGCGGUCUACAGGAGGCAGUCGCGCGCCCGCUGGAGAUUGCGGUCGUAGUCCUCGUCACGAGACGCCACCAAGAUCAGGCGGCAGGCGACGGUCUAAAGGUCGACCAUCAAGUAGGUUUCACGAAGGCUCGGGGAGACGAUGUAUGUGUCGUCAAGUCCCAACUCUAUGGAGGGUGGACGGCGAUGAACUCGGUCAUAUCCUAAAAGAACGGGUCAUGAGCACAACGUGAAGUUAAUAGAGGAGGACGGAACAGACGUGCGAGGCGACGGAGACGGAUGUCCAGUAUGCGCUGCGUCAUACACCAGGGGUAGCGUCGAUCGCCGACCAUGGCAUGCACGUUCUCAAGGAGGUCCUACGUAGCAGUGAAAAAAUAUAUCAGUAUACUUCGUCCACACAUACCUGACGCAACCUCUGCGAACA